CGAAGCGAGAGGCUAAGGCUCGGGCGCGUUUUUUUUCUUUUUGCUACGGCUUCUAAAACUCUCUUUUCUUUUCUUUUGUUUUUCUAGCUUCCUCCGACCCCCUUCAGAAGAAAGGGCUUAACUUAGGUACUGAUGGACAUGGAGCGGAAGGAUCCCGACAUCUUAAAAUACAAUAUAUUGCAAGUGCUGGUCCGCUACCCAAAUGGUGUCAAAUUUGGGGACUUUAUUGGUGCUUUUUAUAAAACUCAUAGUUUUCAUCCUCAAUUCUCUCGUUACGGGUAUAGUUCACUCAGAGAUUUGUUGGGUAAUAUGAAGGAAACCGUAGUUGUAGACUGCAGCCAAUCAUUUGAACCAGUAAUGAAGCUAAUAGAUGGUUUAAAUCUUGAUGGCCUGCUGGAGGAAAUCGAACUAAAUGGACCAGACAUUUUUGAAGGGGAAGCUUCAAGAUUGAAGGAGAAAGAAGGAAGACCAAGAAGAGAAGAUAAAGCAGCAGCAGAUCUGGCUGAAGUCUUAGCAGCAGUUACCAAUCUCCUACUAGAUUAUGGGUCGGGUUUGCGGUUUGAGAAAAUGCAGGCACUCUUGCUUUCUACAAUUGGAAUUGAUCUACAGACUUUCAGCAUCACCAAAGGAUAUAAAGAUGUCCUAACUUUUUUGGGUGACCAUAUACCUAAUCUAAUCAUCAGACGUCGAGGGAUCAGAUAUGUUGUCCAGCUUGCUAAAGCUUCCUUCAACUGCUCUUCAUCCCAAACCAGCCAUUCUCCCUCUUUCGAUUCAAAAAAGUCUGCCUGCAAAUCAAAAAAUGUAAACCAAGAUGUAUCUGAAAAUAAGCCUGCUUCCCUUAGCUGCUCUUCAUACCAAUCCAACGAUUCUUUGUCUUCUGAUUCAGAUCAACCUAUCUGCACAUCAAAGAGUUCAAACCAACUUGAAACUGAAAAGAGGCAAAAGCUUGUAUUAAGCAAUGUCAUGGCAUCAGUCACUGCCCUCUUAAGCAGGUAUAUGUCAGGCCUGAGAGUUCAGAAAUUGCAAGAGUUGUUGCUGACAGAAGAAGGGAUUGAUCUUGACAAGUUCAGCUUUGCCUUGGGACACAAAGACUCAUUGGAAUUUUUGGAGCAAAAGAUGCCUCAAUUGAUUUUGAGCUACAGAGCGAACAGGCUUAAAAGUGUUGUCAUUGAACCUCACUCAGAUCUGCCAGUUCCUUUUCUGAAAUCCAUAGAACCAGCUGACCCACUAAACUCUGCAUCAGCUCCUUCCAGCUGUUCUUCACACCAUUCCGGCUAUACAUCCUCUCCUGACUCAUGUCAGUCUAGCAGCACAACAAAGCAUUCAAACCAACAUGAAUCUGAAAAGGAGCCUGUACUAAGCGAUGUCAUAGCUUUGGUCACUGCCCUCUUAAGCCAUUAUAAGAAGGGCCUGAGAAUUUGGAAAUUGCAAGAUUUCUUGCUGACAGACGAAGAAAUUGAUAUUGAGAAGUUCAGCGUUUCCCAGGGCUACAAAGAUACGAUUGAAUUUCUGGAGCAAAAGAUGCCUCAACUGAAGUUGAGGUACCAAGCUGUCAGGCUUGAUACUGUUGCCAUUAAACCUCAGUCAGAUUUAGGAGACAUUUCUGUACCUGCUUCCGCCGUCAGUGAUCUGUCUGCAAAUGGUUCUCAGGAUCAAAAUAUAUCUGCUUCAAUUGCUGUUGUCCCUCCUGAAGUAAACAGCUUGUUUCACACCAACCAGACUGGUCCAUCUAACAUGUCCUCAAACUUACCUUCAUUACAUGAGCCCCACGAUAGUUCAUCAGUCAAAGCCAAGAGUUCUUCUCUUCCUGUUGUUCGGUCACGGCAGCCAAACCCAUGCUUGCUCAAUGCAAAAUCAGUCACCAAACAGAUAGCCGGCAAUUCACGCGUGACCACAUUCCAACCCUCAAUCCAUCAGGAUGAACUGAAGCAACAAGUGGCCCGGAUUCUGGCCAGGCAUCCAAAUGGGUUGUCUCUAUUCCAGUUUCGAAUUUCCUACAGUGCUACCUUUAAACAACAUUUCCCAGUGGGACAUGCGGCUUCGACCAAGCAACGUCUCCUCGAGAUGCCAGAUGUGGUUUAUAUGAAGGGUCAUGGAGUUCAGGCAUUACUGAUGCCUGUAUCCUCUGAUGUGCCACCUGCAAAACCAGGUCAGCCUGUGUCUUCCAAAGUUGAGAAUGUUGCAGUGGUAUCUGCUGUAAAAACCCAUGAUUCACAUUCUGUUCGGACAUCACCUUUAGACUCCCCUGAAAAGCCAGAAAGCAAGGACGGCUGCAUCUCUAAGGACCUAUCCCCAAGCAUGCUUCUGGCCCCAUGCCAAGAAGAAGCAAAGAGCUUGCCAGGCUUUUCAGAUCAACUGUCAAAAGUAGAAGACAUUCCAGUGAUUGGUCCUAUGGAUGAAUCACUGAUAGUUCCACAGUCUUUCCUGGUGCCUGCUGCUCCCGGGGCUGCCAUGAUGCCUAUACCUAAACUCUAUCAUUCCUUCAUCAGAGCACUAGAAAAUAUGGGGGACAAGCCAAUCACUGAACCUCACACCCAGAGUAUCCCAGGUUCCAUUAAAAUUAUGCAAACGAGCACAUCUCAUUUGAGUGGUCCUGGUCCCGAACUGAGAGAGAUCCCCUUCAUUCCAUAUUGCUUUGCAACUUUAUCUACGCAUUCUCAAGACACAAUAUGCAAUGAGAAUUUGCAGCCAGGUAUUCUUCAAUCCAGUUCUAUACCUUCCACUAACUCAACGAUAUCUGUUCCAUCAGUUGACUCGACACCAGUUCCCCCAGUUUUAGUAAAACCUGAAAAUUACUCUCCAAGGAGUACAUCUCGGAGGUUAGGUAGCAUUCCGCCUGUGCUUCCAAAACAACCACCACCUCCCAUCCUAAGGAUAGAACAAAGGAAUUAUAACCAUGCUACUGCAGAAUUUGAUUCCUUUUCUGAAGAGCAGAUACAAUCCAGAGCUUCCCAGCAUUUCUCGAGUCCUGACUCUUUUUCAUUGCCUAGAAAUUCCACAAGCUGCUUUCCAUCCGGAACCCAACUAGACCACCAAUUACAACAGCCUGCUCAUGGAAGAUUAGAUGAUCUGCAAUCCAUUUCGGUUUCUUUAGCAGAUAAGAGCCUCGGAAAAGCCUCUUUGGAUACAGUGCCUCCUGCAGCCGUGUAUCAGAGAAAACCCACUUAUGUGAAUUCUCUUGAAACCAGCUCAACCACAGAAUCGUUCAUUGCCUUUCACGCUUCAUCUGUGAUCGCCAAUAAUUCCAGGGAUUCAUCAUCUGUAUCCUCAAGGACAAGGGGAGUAAGUCCAGCUUCUCCAAUAGACUUAUCUACCAACUCAUAUGAUCAAAUUGCCUAUGCCUCUGCUGAGAUCACCAGUAAUUCCAGUCCUUUGUUUUCUGAGACUCAGGUUUCCGCUCAGCAAAGAGAGUAUGCCAGGGCAACUGCUACUGUAAUCUCAAACACACAAACAACAGGCCCCAUUUCUUUGUCGCCAGAAUCCACCACCAAUUCACACCACCAGUUUGCAUAUGCUUCCAGCAGAGUCACCAAUAAUUCCAGUGCCCUAUCUUCUGAGACUUACGGUUUCACACAUCAGAGCCAGAACACACAGGGAAGUGAGACUAGAAUUGCCUCGAGUACAGAAACAGCGGGCGCCAUUUCUCCUCUAGAUUCGACCACCGGUUUACCUCAUCAGCACGCCUAUGUUUCUGCUGAGGCCACCAGUACUUCUAGUGUUUUGUCAAAGUCCACCGCCUGUCAUACUCCAAAUGCUGAUUUCAAAACUAAUUUAAAUCAUGAUGAUCCUAGUCAGAAUACUCUCACAUCCUCAUUGUCUGAACAGGAGGAUCAGUCUGCCUCUCUGGAAAAAAAGCAGGUGCCUGUUAAACCUUUGUCCAAACUCUCUAAUCAUGGAUGUCUCAUCCUAUAAUAGGCUAGCCUUCAAAUGGUCUAUUUGCAUAUGGACACUUUUUUUUUUUUUCAGGGAGAGAUGAAGGAUAGCCUAUUCAAUAUGUUGCCUAAGGGCAUUCAGAGACCAUCCUUGUCUAAACCAAUCAGUGACCCUUUACCUAUCAACUAUCAAAUUCAGAGAAUUUUAUGAAUGUUGAGAAUAUUGUAAUUACAUUUUUUCAGCCAUAAAAAGAACUGUCACUAGAUGACACACAGUGAAAUAGCUACCUCAAAUGGUACAUAGCAUGGAGCUGCAGUACAGCAAUAGAGGAAAGAAUGAUGGGUAUUCUGAUAGCCAUUCCAGUGCCCUCUAGCUGAUUUGCUGGCUUUUUAUGUGAUGGAAGACACCAUCAACAGGAUUGGGCCAAGGUCAGCUGAUUAAUUCAUUUUCUGAAUAGGGAGCAGAAACUGAUCCCCCCCCCCUCGGUAUACCCUGGGUUGUCUUGCCCAAAAUAUCACUGUGAGCUCUUCCUUUUCUUCUAACCAGAGCUCUUUUUAAAAAAAGACAGGGUAGAAUUUUAAUUGUCCAGGGUGGUCAGAUUCUAUGCUUGGAAGCAGCUUGGUUUGCUGUUGUGCAAGCAUAUAAUUGCAUAUAAUUACUUUAGACUGCUGUUCUGUUCCAAAAUCAUGGGCACAAACUGAUUCUUGAACCUUCAGCCUUCUCUCAAUCUUCUGAAAUGUUUGUAUACAACACAUUUGAAAUGUUAAUUCUGAACAGAUUGAUUCAAAAACUUAAAAAAAAAAUCAGAUUUGCAGGUUGUUAAAUGUGUUGCCUUCUGUAUCUCGUAAUGUCUGAGCAGAAUGGUUGAAGAUUGAUCUUUCUGUGUUUUCCUCUGGAAGUUCUGCUGAAUUGUCUCAUAUGUUGUGUUUUGAUAGAAGUGCAAACUUGGACUGAGUUAUGACCAAAGCAAAGUCUGAAGAUAUGCUAGAGUUUCUUUAAGAACAAAUGCAGUUAGAUUGGAAUGUGUUUCUGCUCUCCUGCUUCUCCACAUAGGCUGGGUGUCUGCUUGCUCACUUCCCGUUUUCCCAGCACUCUUCCCUUUUAUCCCUUCAGCUGUCAUUAAUGUCCCAGUGCUGCAUAUGUCGCUGGCUGACUUGUCCUUCAAUCUUCCCAGUACCCUUCCCUUAGCCUCCUACCCUUUUUUGCAUAACCUUCUCUCUCUUUUCAGUGAGAGCAGAUUUACUUUAAAUCCUUUCUCUAAACCUGCUUCCUGCUUACUAUCAACCUUCUCUAGUUUGCAACUGCCCUUUUUCCACAUACCUAUAGGGAAAGAAGUUAAUCUCUUUAAGGGUAGUUUUUACUGAAGAAUAAGAAUUCAAGAGAAUCUAUCCAAUCAACACUAAUUCAAGGCACGUGUGAAUUUUUUGUAGACAAAUAUUCCAUCUCCAGUUUAAUUGCUGUUUAGGAAAUUAAUGUAUUUUAUGUACUUUUUUUGUUCAUUGUGUGGAUCUUUUGGCUUAUAUUUUUGUGUAAAAUAAAAUAAAAUAUUUAGCAGAGAAUAAGUUACAUUUGAUAUGUUUUAAUU